AUGGCUUCUGAAGAGUUUACUCAUUUUGUUAAAGACGACUGUGGCUUUGGCAAUUCAUGGAGCAUCCAGGCUGAUAGUGAUGUGGGAGUGAACGAAGUUGUGCCACCUAUAAAAUACAAUGAAGAAGGAUUCAUCCAUUUCAAGCAGAUCAGUGACAGAGGAGAGAGUUUGAUAAUAGGCACUAAACCCAAAUCGUCAUAUGGAACACCAUCUACCUUAUUGGAAUGCUCUAAACAUGACUGUGACAUACCAGACUAUUACAAGGAGCCGUACCAUCUCAAUGUGGUCAAGGAUAUCCUAGGUGUCAAUGAAGAGGCUAAGAAAGCAAAUCUCUCAGAUUAUUUUUUCGUCAUCAAUAAAGAAUCAUGGUCCUGUCAUCCGCAUGGAGACACGACCCAGGGAUUCCUGAUGAUUGUGAAUGAGUAUGUUGGCAUCAAAGAACUGUUCGAAAUAAAAUACUAUGAUGGGAUCGAAGUGAGUGUAGUUUAUACAACUGAUGCUUUCAGGACAGCCAGGGUGAGGGAAGUCAAAUACAUCGAUGUCGCAGACCCCUCAAAAUCUUUUCGCUAUGAGGGCACUCUCUAUUAUAAAGAUAAAGGAAGAGUUACGGACAGUAUUCCAAAUCAUUAUGGAACACCAAUUGAAAAUGAAAUUAUAAAGAAAGUCAUUGAAGUUGCGAAAGGAAAGAAGCAGUUAUUGGUGAGAGACAUUACAUUUCAAAAUACCAGCUCUUACAGAUCGGUCGAGAUUCCUGACAGCAUAUAUGGCAAAACAUUGAGAAUUGGGUCCCACUGGACAAGGGAAUUCGGAGAUGAAAACUUCAUAUCAGCUCAUUAUGGAACACCAAUUGAAAAUAACAUUAAAAAGAAUGAAGUUGAAGUUGCGAAAGGAAAGAAGGAGUUAUUGGUGAGAGACAUUACAUUUCAAAAUACCAGCUCUUACAGAUCGGUCGAGAUUCCUGACAGCAUAUAUGGCAAAACAUUGAGAAUUGGGUCCCACUGGACAAGGGAAUUCGGAGAUGAAAACUUCAUAUCAGCACCCUUCGAAUUGAACUCCAAUCGGUUAUACCAGGUUCAAAUAAACGCCAAAGGGUACGACUUGAGAGUCGGUUCAAGAUGGGAGAACAAAAUAGGGAAUGCCCAUUCCAUUGUUAAGUGUGCCCAACCUUCGAGCAGUUCCCCCUAUAUCAAGGCAUUCAAUACGAAAAUACGAGUGAAAACUGUGGCAGAGGAUGGGGACAUGAGAACCCAUGGAGUGGAACAUAUAAGGAAGUACAGCAAACCUCAUUACUUUCAGUUCAUCAAAGAGGAAUAUUCGAUAUGUCAAGGAACAACACAUAAGUCAGGCGUUAAGAUAAGGUUUUUGCGAGUAUUGAAUGAAAUCAAAUUUCGAGUGCCAAUUCGCCAACUUGAAUUCUACGACGGAGUUGAGAUAUUUGAACAGGGCACACAUCGUACUGAGAAAUCUGUGCAAAUCAGAGAGAUCAAAUAUUUGCAUGAUGAAAAUCUAGAGGUUCUGAAGUAUGAAGGUAGACUGGAAUUCCAUAAUGGAGCAUCAUCAGGUAUUACUAGCUGGCCUGGUUGGCAAGCAGUCGAGGUGAACAAUGAAGACACAGUUUGGAGGGUUGGGCAUUUCACUGGCAAGAAACAUGAAUUGAUAGAGAGGACCUACACUCUAAAGAAUAAAGAGGAAUGGCACAAUAUUAAGACUUACGACCACCGAAGACCACCUUAUUAUAUGCUCGAAAUAGGAAAGUUCCCAACAUCUUCCAUUGGAGAAAAAGAUGAUACUAUUAUUUGCAGGAAAUCGAACGCGAAAGACAUAAUAGAGUUCGUUUUACAGGGAGGUGCUGUUCGAAACACAGAAGAACUAAAUAGCUAUAUCACUUUCAUCAAAGACGAAGUUUGGAACUGCAACGUUGUUGAUGAAAAUUUGCAAAUCGAAAGAAUUAUGAACAGAUUCUUCAUUAACAAAUAUACUCGCAAUCCUGUUAAAGAGGUCAAAUUUCGUGACUCGCAAAAAGCUUGGUAUGUGGUGUCUGAAGAUGGCUUCCAGAUAGAAAUGGAAGAAAUCUUAUACAAACGAGGACAUAUUUUGAAAAAGUUUGAGGGAUACACAGUAUUAGAUGACGGCGAUGAUGAAAAAGGAGUCAAAAUGAGUGGUACAGUUAUAUUUGAAGAUGAAAAGGAAAAUUUCGAUAGAAAAUUGGAUUAUACAAUGGUCGACAUAGAGUAUCACACGGAUCGAGAGACAGAGUACCACGAAACAACUCUGAACAAAGAAGGAUCAACUAAUUUACAAAUCGGUUCCAAGUGGAAGAGAAUCUUUGGAAAUGCAAAUAUGGUGAUAGUUUGUGAACUAUAUAAUUCCGUCCAUGGAGGACUUUUCAACACAAACUUGAGGACAAGGGUUAAAAAAGAGGGAGAAAACAUAAAUAAUCAACUUCUAUUUCAAAACUAUUUCGAUGAUCUGAAGACUGAAGCGUGGAGGUGUGUUGAAAAGGGUGGUCCACAAUCAGAAGUUCGAUUCCUGAGGAUAAAGACACAGUUCUCGAUAAAACCCCACCACUGCCCGCAAAUAGGCAAACUAUGGCACUGGGAUGGGGUGACUAUCAUGAAGGGUAGCUAUGUGCGAGGCACCCCUGGAUGCCAUGAAAUCGCCGAAGUCAAGUAUCUCGACCCCAUAGAUUAUAGCCCUCUCAGGUUUGACGGAAAAGUACAGCUAUUAAAUAUUAAGCAGGUUCCGGUUCCUAAACAAAUUUUAGCAGUACGUUUGGUGGACGUGGCAAAGAUAGAGGUACACCUUCAACCUGUGUCGCAUAUGGAGAAUAAACUUUUCAAAACAGUUGUCAAACCUAAAGGGUUGACUAUUGAAAUUGGAUCUCCUCAUGAAACAGUUAUCAGUAUACCGGAGCCUAUGUGCAAACACCAAGAUCAAAUGUCAGACAGUGAAAAAACCAGAUAUUUACCGGAAAUUCGAUUAAAUUCUGAUCAAGGAAGUGGAAGUACUGGACCUAUAAAAAUGUCUGCACAACAGUUGAAAAUAUGUUUUGAAAUACUCACUUCUGAGAUAUGGAAGUGUCAGGCAGUGGAUCGUGAAUUUAUCAGAGCCAUCCAUAGAAUUAGGAUGAAAUCAGAAUGUCCGAUAGCUCGAGCCUAUUAUCACAGCGGAGUGACAGUCGAUGUAGAGCCUGAGCUGAUAAUAAAAGAAGUGAAAUAUAUGACAAUAGAAGGGGAAAUUGUGAGAUUUGAGGGUUUCAUAAACGUUGUUCAUCAAUAUCACCAUUCGCGAGGGGAGGAAGACACUAUGGGGACAGAAUCGAAAGAAAUUGUAUACGAAUUGGAUACCCCGAGUCUUUUAUUCACAAAAAUCCAACAUGAAGGUGUAAUUUUGGAAGUUGGUUCUCAAUGGGAAGAAGAAUUUGGAUCAGCUGACGAUUCAGUAUUUUGUCGAAGGAAAAUGGACCAUAAAAUUCAUCCAUCUUUUAAUACCAAAGUAUACAGCAAUUUGAAGGGAUUGGAUGAGAAAGAUAAGGUAGUGGAUUUGAAUAAAAGAGGAAUUUUCUUCGAGUAUUUCACAGUACUCAAACAAGAGCUUUGGAAUUGUCAAAAGAAUAUGAAAGAUAAGUUUCUAAGAGUGGUGAAUUACAAUGUAGCCUUGAAGGAAAUAGCACUACUUUAUCAUCCCGAUGGAAUUACGAUUGGAACUCAAGUUUUUCCUGAUCAAUCAGUAUCCAAGCGGAUUAAAGAAAUCAAAUAUUUGCAUCCGGAAACCAAGAAAGUUCUGCGAUACAAUGGUGAAAUGACAUUGGAAACGAUCUCUAGUUUGAGAAAUACCAAACUUUUCCAAAUGCCACAUCCAUUGCUGAAAUUAGAAAUUGACGAAGAUCAGGAGGAAACAGGUGUUGAGGAAGCAGGUGAAAAAAGACGGAAUUAUGGAGAGACAAGUGCUAAUAAGAAAGAGGAGAACGAUCGAAAGACAUGGUCGGUGGAUAUUCUGCGAGUGCAUGCUCUGCGAAUAAAGAAGCAAUUUGAGAGUGGUGGCUUGCCAAAUAUGCAGUCAUAUGAUGCUGGAGCAGUUCAAUACACGGAAAAUAAUAUCAAUGUCAUGAGAAUUGCUGACGAAUAUGAUGUCAAAAUGAAGGUUGGCUCACAGUGGGAGAGAGAGCUCAAAACCCAAGGGAAUUCAAUGUCGUGCAUUCUAGACGAAUGGAAUCCCACAAAUGGAAGGAAGCUGUUGACGAAAGUGCAGCUAUAUUUCGACAAUGAUAAAUACGAGUUGAACUAUGAUACCAUCUACGAAUACCUCAUCAUCAAAAAAAUUGAGGUCUGGAUCUGUGUUAACGAUCAUGACACUAUGCUGAGAGUGGUAACAACUCUGGAGGGCGUUGGUGGAAUUUUGGUUGUGUUGUACAGGGAUGGGGUGCAAGUGACACCGUUGGAUCUGCCAGCUGGUGGAAAGUCAGCCAAAAUUGUCGAGACCAAAUACAUUGAUCCGGUCGAUUUCAAGAUCUUGAAAUACACGGGAAAUCUCAAACUCUUGACAACUAGAACAGCUGAGGAGAUGAAGGGGCAAUUGAAGAUUCCUGUACCUGAGAGGCAGUUCGAUUUUUUAGAAAUUGGAAGAAUAAACUGAUGGAAUGGUUCAGAUGGAUUAUAAGGAAGAUUGGUGCCGCAGUGGAAACGGUGGCAAGAGCCGUUGGUAUCGAAUAAGUCAGCUCCAAUAUUAUUUCGAUCACAAAAUCGAAAUUCAAAUUCAAAAUCAAAAAUAGAGUUUUCAGUGGAAUUCGAUUCCAAACCCCCAGCAUUCUUUAUAACUUUAUUCCUUUCCAUUAAAAAAACACUGUCAGUGUAGAGUGAAUUUCAUUAUAUUAUCCGUGAUUUGAAGACUUAUUAUUAUUAUUAUUAUUAUUAUCAUUAUUAUUAUUAUCAUUAUUAUUAUUAUUAUUAUUAUUAUUAUUAUUUUAUUAUUAUUAUUAUAUUAUUAUUAUUAUUAUAUUAUUAUUAUUAUUUUAUUAUUAUUAUUAUAUUCAAGACUUGAAUUUGUCUCACUGUGACUCGACCCUGCUAUAAAUAACUAUCACCGUUUUUGAAGAAGAAGAAGAAGAAGAAGAAGAAGAAGAAGAAGAAGAAGAAGAAGAAGAAGAAAAUUUUGCCUUCAAGUCAGUCAGUUCUCAAUUUUAUGCAGGGUUGAGAUAUUCUCUCACAUUACUGUAUUUCCGUUAGCGAUGGAAAAUACACUGGUAUUUGGGUAUAUUUCAAAUUGCAUUUCCCUUUCUCACGGAGUCAUGCUCUGUCUCCGUCGUCUCUGUGGUGGCAGGGGAUCAUAAUGCAUGGAAACCAAUCAAGCGGUUCCAAUCAAGCGGCGGCCACACAAUCACAUUAAAAUCUAGAGGUAGCCUCAGGACUCAAGGGCCCAAAAAUAACGUGUUUGUUAAAUUUGUUGAAUUUUAUUGAAUUUGUUGAAAUGUAUUAUUUUCCGCCGUGAAUUAUUAUAAUGUUGAAGUAGUCUAUAAUCAAUAAGUGGAAUAGAAUAUGUUUAUGUAUAUGAGUAGUUGGAGUAGGGGAAUGUUUAUUGAAAAUAUUACAAUAAAUGAAUAUAGAGUACAUAUUUAAAAUAUCGAAUAUUAUAUAUUAUAGAGUCAACAAUAGUGUAGUGAAAAUUCCAAUAGUGAUGGAUUUAUAAUUUAACCUUCCGGCAGUCGCGCUGUGCUAAAAAGUACAACAGUGUCAGUUUUUUUGCUGCACAAAACUAUUGAAUGGAGUGGUGUCAGUGAAUGAGUCACCUAUGCAUUCCAAAACUUUCCCCCAUCACUCCACUGAGUUGCAGUAUCAACCGAGCAAUGGUUCAGUCUUUAGGUGCCAUUUAGUCGCCACAGUGCAUAAGAUAGGAACGAACGAAGGUUGUGCAUAAGAUAGGGAAAGUAUAGGAUACGGGGACUGUAAACGAACCAAUAACACACCAAUAACACAGAAUUGAUGGCUUAGCUUGAUGUACCUCAUUGGGCUAUGAAAUGGUAAUCAUCCAAAUUUUCAUAGGCGUAAAAUAGUCCAAGAAGAUGGAAAAAGUAAUUAUACAAUUAAUUAAUACUGUAUACGGGGACUGUAAACGAACCAGGCUUUUCUUGAUGUAUCUUAAAAUAAUCCCAAGAAGAUGGAAAAAGUAAUUAUACAAUUAAUUAAUAUGUUUUGACAGUAAACAGAGUACAUAACACUUGGAAAAUUAGAUGUUGUACAAAGUACAACACGCGACUGCUCGUGUGAUUGAGUAGGGCGCGACUUCCGGAAGGUUGAACGAUGGUAUGUGCCAUUAUAAUAUUUUGUACCUCAUGUUAAUAAUCUCAUAUUGUUUUAGGAAUAAGUGUGAGUUUCUUUACAAAAUUUAAAAUUUUCAAUUAUUAGUACAGUAUUUCUCAGUUAUCAGUGAUGAUUUAGUGAAGUAUUCUUAUUUAAAUUGAUUUUCAACUUUUCUAAAUUUCAAAUUCCUAGUUUAUAUAUAUUUUGGACUCAAAAUUGGACAAAUUUAAUAAAGUCUUUUUGGAAAAUUUCUAUCUAAAUUUAGGAAAGGAACAUUUUUGGGCUUCACGCCUGUUGUUCCUUUCCCAAUCAUUCAUAAUAAUUGAGAAUGAUAGUGUAUGUUUCAAUGUAUACAUAGAUUAAUUGAUAAAUAUUGACCAAGUUCAUUUAUUAUUUUAUUUGUAGUAGUAAAUUGGAUGAAGUACACGCUACCGUCGUGAACAGUUGGACUUUCAUAUCAGAGUUAUUUUACUAUAUUGUUUGAAGAGUUAAAUCAUUGUUAAAAUAUUACGUUAAACUGUCGGUCCCGGCUGAAGUAUGACAGUCGUAAGGCCCAUUGACGGCUUAAAUUAUAUAUUCAGGCGGUGGAACCUUCCCCAAAGGGACUCCCCACCAAUAAAAGCCAUACGAAUCUACUUUUUUCAUUGUUGAAAUGUGUGUUAUCAGCUAAUAAAAAUGUUCAAAAGUAA